AUGGGCAAGAGAGACGACAUCGUGGACUCCUGGAGAGACGGUGAUGAGGCCAGAACAAAGUCUGGAAGCUUCAAGCAGCAAACACAAACCUCCAGCGAGGACAGCUACAGCUCGCCGGUCGACGCUCCGCUGGACUCGGCGCCUCCUGCUCCCAGCGGCGGCCACGUUGGAUCGAGGAGGAGCCAGAAGGAGACGGGCGGCGACUACGACGACGACGAAGGUCACCUGGUUUACAGCGAGGGCCUCCUGAUGCAGGACAGAUAUGAGGUGGUUUCCACGCUGGGAGCCGGAGCUUUUGGGAAAGUGGUGGAGUGCAUCGACAGACACAAGUAAGUCGGAGGCGAGCGAGUCGCCGUGAAGAUUGUGAGGAAGAUCGAGUGUUUCCGUGAAGUCGCCAAGUCUGAGAUCGCAGUUCUGGAGGAGAUCAACGGCCUGGACGACGACAACAGAUUCGCCUGUGUCAGGAUGUUGGACUGGUUCGAGCACGAAGGUCACAUCUGCAUCGUGUUCGAGCUGCUCGGCCUCAGCACCUUCGAGUUCCUCCGACAGAACGGGUUCCUGCCGUUCAGCGUGGAGCAGAUCCGACACAUGGCCUUCCAGCUCUUCAGAGCCGUCUGCUUCCUGCAUCGUAACAAACUGACCCACACGGACCUGAAGCCGGAAAACAUUCUGUUUGUUUCGUCGGACUUCAACCUGGAGUUCAACGACGAGGAGAGACGUACGGAGAGGAAGCCGAGGAGUCUGGAUGUGAAGGUGGUGGAUUUCGGAACCGCCACUUUCGACCACGAACGCCACGAAUCGCUGGUGUCGACGCGCCACUACCGAGCUCCAGAGGUCAUACUGGAUCUGGGCUGGAACCAGUCGUGUGACGUCUGGAGUCUGGGCUGCGUUCUCAUGGAGUUCUACCUCGGACGGACACUCUUCCCGACACACGACAGUAAAGAACAUCUGGCCAUGAUGGAGAAAGUUCUGGGACCGAUCCCACCACAUCUGCUGAAACAGACCAGGAAGCAGCAUUACGUCCACAACGAGCGCCUGAACUGGGACGAACAGAGCUCCUCCAACGAUCACGUCCGGAAACACUGCCAGCCUCUGAAGCAGCUCAUGCUCAGGAGGAACGAGGACGAGCGGCAGCUGUUCGACCUGCUCAGCUGCAUGCUGGAGUUCGACGUCGGCAGACGGAUCACGCUGGAGGAGGCGCUGUGGCACCCGUUCUUCAGCCCCAUGAGGACGCCGAAGCAGCAGCGCAGCUAGAACGUCCAGGUCGUUCCAUCUCAAA